GCACUAGCGUCCACGCAGAGUCACACACCCGCACACGUUGCCGCAAAUGGGGUGCGAGCAAAGUUCUCUGAAGCCCAAAAAGGCCGCAAAGACCGGCAAGAAGAAGAAUACAAAAGCGACCGAUGCCGCCAAGACAGGCGAGAAUGCCGCAAAUACGAAGGAUGCAGGGGAGGGCAAGGGUCGGUUGAAGAAGUCCGACUCCCUCGAGAUCCCCGUACCUGGGACCGAGCCGGUGAGGGAGGAGGAGAGGGGUGCCUCAUCACGGCCGCGCAGCGUGGCUCACACGGCGAAGGGAGGACGAAACGGCACGGACGACUCUCCCUCGCGUGGGCGCGGCGGCAGUGCGCGGCACGACCCCAGCGACGGCAGACCAAGCCCCCCUUGCCCGAUAGAGCUGCAAACGAUCCUGGAUGAGAUGUCCGAUAGAGCCUCGAUGAGCACCUCGUCCAGCACCCCGCAGCUGUUCCGUAUUUCGCCCACCACACGUGACGAGGUGGAGCCCGGAACGUGGCUGUGGUGGCGGCUGGAGGUGCGCCGCGAGCACGUCACCAAAGACGGCUACAGCCGUGUGCAGCUGCAGGACAUCGCGAACCGUCUGACGUGUCAGCACGACGACAACCCAGAAAGCGUAGACUUAGACUUUAGUAACUGCUACAUGGAGCGCACCGCGCCGUACGUGCUGGGGCGUCUGCUCGCGUCAGCACAGCUGCGGGAGUUGCGGUGGAUUACGUCGCUGCGCCUGGACGGCAACUACUUCACCGACGACGGCUUCGGUGCGAUGCUGGCGGUCAUGUCUGCCGAAAAUGAGACGCAGACCAUCCUGCCUCUCCUUCGUCAGCUCUACUUGAACAACAUGAACCUUGACAGCAGCUCGGCGACCGGGUUGCUGGCGUACCUCUUCCCGGUCGAUCGCAGCGCCACACGACGUCUUCCGAGUGACUCCGCCCUCCGCAUCGCCGACAGCCGCGUCGCUCGCCCGUCGGAGGCGUUCAUCCCAGGCAACAGGCACGGGCCUAGGGUGCCACUCUUUCCCUCACUCUCGGUGCUUAGCCUGAGCGACAACCCUGGUCUGGGUACCGGGGGACUGAUUCAGCUUCUGCGCAACCUGCUCGCCGUGCACUACGAGCCGAAUAUCAUCGCUUUGGUGGACCUCUCACGCUGUGGCGUGAGCAAGGCGGCAGCCCGGCUUUUCCGGGAGUACUUUGAUCAGCUGCCGAGAGCCAUGGAGAUGGGCUGCUACCCGGUGGUACCGCGCCGGUUUGUGCUUUCAGGCAAUCCACACGGCAUCUCCGACCCGCAUAAGAUAUACUCUCCAGAGGACACGGGUGUGCAGCUGGUGUUGUAG